CAAAACUCUCUCAUCUUGAUAAUCAUAUAUACACAAACCCUCUCUCCUUUUAUGGAGAUCAAAUCCAAAUAGUCUUACUUUCGAGAAAUAACGGCCGGAAAAAUUCAUAUCAAAUCCUAAUAUACCUACAUUUGAAAAAUACGCUACUGACGAUCCUCGAAUUACGGAGAAAUUUAUAUCAAAUUCAAAUAUUCCUACGUUCAAAAAAUACACUAUUGACGGCCCUCGAAUUAUGAAGAAAAUCAAGAGAGAAACUGAUUUAUGUCCAUAUUAUUUAUCAAUAAAAAAUUAUGUUUUUUCAUAUUUUAAUUUGUGAUUGCAAUUUAUUAUUGUGUAAAAAAAUUGUGGGAAACAAAAAUCUCUAAUAGGCAAUAGCUCACAUGCCCUAUAAAUACCACCAUAACAUUAUCAAACUUUCUAACAUAUAGACAUAAAUAUUAAAUAGUCAUAAACCAUAUAUGUUAUAUAAUAUAAUAUAAUAUAUAUAAUAAUGGCUUGUUCAACGAAUAUUUGGGUUGUUAUAUUCUUCUUGUGCUUAUUAGCUGGUCCAAUUAUUGCUCAAGAUUAUAAAGAUGCACUUGGCAAAUCUAUUUUAUUUUUUGAAGGACAACGUUCUGGGAGACUGCCAGUAUCUCAAAGAGUCAAAUGGAGAGGAGAUUCUGCACUCAUUGAUGGCAAAAUUGAACAUGUGAACUUAAUUGGCGGGUACUAUGAUGCUGGUGACAACGUGAAAUUUGGAUGGCCCAUGGCUUUUUCUUUAACUUUAUUGAGUUGGGCUGCUAUUGAAUACCCAACACAAAUCUCUUCUGCAAACCAACUUCCCCACCUCCAACGUGCAAUUCGAUGGGGCACAAAUUUCUUAAUUCGAGCCCAUACUUCAACUACCACUCUCUAUACUCAGGUUGGAGAUGGAAAUGCAGAUCACCAAUGUUGGGAGAGACCAGAAGACAUGGAUACACCAAGAACAUUAUAUAAAAUCACAUCAAAUUCUCCAGGUUCUGAGGUUGCAGCUGAAGUAGCUGCUGCUUUUGCUGCUGCGUCUAUUGUUUUCAAAAAUAUUGAUUCCAAUUACUCUGCUAAAUUAUUAAGAAGAUCCCAAUCUCUAUUUGCAUUUGCGGACAAGUAUAGAGGAUCUUACCAGGCUUCUUGCCCAUUCUACUGCUCUUACUCAGGUUAUCAGGAUGAAUUGUUGUGGGCUGCUGCAUGGCUAUACAAGGCAGGUGGAGGAAACAAUUAUUUAAACUAUGCUUUAAAUAACCAAGGGUGGAGUCAAUGUCCCUCUGAAUUCAGUUGGGAUAACAAGUUUGCUGGAGCCCAAAUUUUACUAGCCAAGGAGUUUCUUAAUGGGAAGAGCAAUCUGGAAAAGUUCAAGAAAGAUGCUGAUUCAUUUGUUUGUGCAUUAAUGCCAGGAAGUAGCUCUGUACAGAUUAAGACAACCCCGGGUGGACUAUUGUUUUUUAGAGAUAGUAGCAAUUUGCAAUAUGUGUCUGGUGCCACCAUGGUACUUUUUAUGUACUCUAAAGUCCUUGAUGCAGCUGGAAAAGAGGGAAUUACAUGUGGAUCUGUUAAUUUUUCCACCUCCAAGAUUAAAGCCUUUGCAAAAUCACAGGUAGACUACAUACUUGGUAACAAUCCACUUCAAAUGUCAUACAUGGUUGGAUUUGGCAACAAAUACCCAACACAACUCCACCAUAGAGCCUCAUCACUUCCUUCAAUUUAUAACCACCCCGCCAGGGUGGGCUGCAACGAUGGCUAUAGUUCGUGGUACAGUAUCAACAAUCCAAACCCCAACACACAUGUUGGUGCGAUUGUUGGUGGGCCCAAUUCUGGGGAUCAAUUUGUUGACUCGAGAUCAGAUUACUCUCAUUCUGAACCCACGACUUAUAUGAAUGCAGCAUUUGUAGGAUCCGUAGCCGCUUUGAUUGGUCAAAAUAGAAGGCAAAUUAAUUCACAAUUUAACGAACCAAUUUUAUGUGAUAAACAAAUUAGCACGAAGAAUGUUUCACAGUAAAAAAUUGAAUAUCUAUAGUCAGAAAUAAAUAUAUCUACAUAUAAUGUUUUACUGUAUGGUACAUAUAAUGUAUAAUCAUCCUACAGGCUCAUAAUUCAAUAAAAUCAUUACUUAUGCCUUCGAUUUAA